AAAGCAGCACGCCGCCACGGCAUUUCACGACGUCGGCGGCUAAGCGGCCGGGCAGCGCUCCGACUCCCUCCCCGCUGCCGAGCUAAAGCAAGCGCGAUGCUCGGUGCGGGCGACGAAGACGACACCGACUUCCUCUCGCCUAGCGGCGGUGCCAGAUUGGCCUCUCUUUUUGGACUGGAUCAGACAGCCGCUGGCCAUGGAAAUGAAUUCUUCCAGUACACAGCGCCAAAGCAGCCUAAGAAAGGCCAGGGAACAGCAACAACAGGAAAUCAGGCAACACCAAAAACAGCACCCACCUCAACAGGCACUUCCACAGUAUUGGUUGCAACAGCAGUCCAUGCAUAUAGAUACACAAAUGAUCAAUAUGUAAAGCAGGGCAAAUUUGGUGCUGCAGUCCUGGGAAAUCACACAGCCAAAGAGUAUAGGAUUCUUCUUUAUAUCAGUCAACAACAGCCUGUUACUGUUGCAAGGAUUCAUGUGAACUUUGAGCUAAUGGUUCGGCCCAAUAACUAUAGCACCUUCUAUGAUGAUCAGAGACAAAACUGGUCCAUCAUGUUUGAGUCAGAAAAAUCUGCUGUGGAGUUCAAUAAACAGGUGUGCAUUGCCAAGUGCAACAGCACCUCUUCCCUGGAUGCCGUGCUCUCACAGGACCUCGUUGUAACAGAGGGCCCUGCUGUGGAAGCUGGAGAUUCUUUGGAAGUGGCCUAUACUAGCUGGUUCUUUGAGAAUCAUGCACUGGGCCAGGUUUUUGAUUCCACUGCUAACAAAGAUAAGCUGCUUCGCCUGAAAUUAGGAUCAGGAAAAGUCAUCAAGGGCUGGGAGGAUGGAAUGCUGGGCAUGAGAAAAGGAGGGAAGCGGUUGCUUAUCAUCCCUCCAGCCUGUGCUGCUGGCUCUGAAGGAGUGAUAGGAUGGACUCAAUCAACUGACUCAAUCCUGGUGUUUGAGGUGGAGAUUAGGCGGGUGAGGUUUGCCCGAGAUUCCGGCUCCUCCGACGGGCCCAGUGUGAGUUCCCGGGACUCUGCGGCCCCUUCCCCCACGCCCGGCGCUGGUAGCCUGCCUGCUGACCCUGCCAUGUCACUGCCCCCGUCGGUGCCUUUCAGGGAGCCAGCUCUUCGUACCAAAUCUAACUCCCUCAGUGAACAGCUUACAGUAAAUACAAAUCCUGAUACAGUCAAGGCCAAGCUGAUCUCUCGGAUGGCUAAAAUGGGCCAGGCCAUGCUGCCCAUCCUUCCACCGCAGCUGGAGUCCAGUGAUUCAGAAAUCGAAGAAGUGAAUGCUCUGCGAGCAGCUGGGCAGCCCAUGCCGACCCCGUCCAUCCAGCCCCCUCUUCAGCCAGCCCAACCAGUGCUACCACAGGUGGCCACACACGCACCUCAGCCGUCUGUUUCUGGGCUUCAGCCACCCUCUGCUACCUUAAUGCAAGUUGCAUCUCUCGAUUCCCACUCAGCUGUAUCUGGAAAUUCCCAGUCCUUUCAGCCCUAUGCAGGUGUGCCAGCCUAUGCUUAUCCGCAGGCGUCCACUGUCACCUCCCAGCUGCAGCCCGUUCGGCCCUUGUACCCGGCACCGCUCUCUCAGUCUCCCCAUUUUCAAGGAUCUGCUGACAUGGCUUCAUUUCUCAUGACUGAAGCCCGACAGCAUAACACUGAAAUUCGAAUGGCAGUCAGCAAAGUGGCUGAUAAAAUGGAUCAUCUCAUGACUAAGGUUGAAGAGUUACAGAAGCAUAAUGCUGGCAAUUCCCUGCUCCUUCCUGGCAUACCGGUUACAAUGGAAACAAAGAUGAUUAUGAGCAACAUCCAGCGAAUUAUUCAGGAAAAUGAAAGAUUGAAGCAAGAGAUCCUUGAAAAGAGCAAUCGGAUAGAAGAACAGAAUGACAAGAUUAGUGAACUAAUUGAACGAAAUCAGAGGUAUGUUGAGCAGAGUAACCUGAUGAUGGAGAAGAGGAACAACUCACUUCAAACAGCCACAGAAAACACACAGGCAAGAGUAUUGCAUGCUGAGCAAGAGAAGGCCAAGGUGACAGAAGAGUUAGCAGCAGCCACUGCACAGGUCUCUCACCUGCAGCUGAAAAUGACUGCUCACCAAAAGAAAGAAACAGAGCUGCAGAUGCAGCUGACAGAAAGCUUGAAGGAGACAGACCUCCUCAGGAGCCAACUCACCAAACUGCAGGCCGAACUCUCAGAGCUCCAACAAACCUCUGAGCAAGCACAGUCCAAGUUCAAAAGUGAAAAGCAAAACCGGAAGCAGCUGGAACUCAAGGUGACAGCCCUGGAGGAAGAGCUGACGGACCUUCGAGCUGAGAAGGAGUCUCUGGAAAAGAACCUCUCAGAAAGGAAAAAGAAGUCAGCUCAAGAGCGCUGUCAGGCUGAGGAGGAGAUAGAUGAAAUUCGCAAGUCAUACCAGGAAGAACUGGACAAACUUCGACAGCUUUUGAAAAAGGCUCGGGUAUCCACAGACCAAGCAGCUGCGGAGCAGCUGUCUCUAGUACAAGCUGAGCUGCAGACCCAGUGGGAAGCCAAAUGUGAACAGCUGUUGGCCUCCGCCAAGGAUGAACACCUGCAACAAUAUCAGGAGGUGUGUGCAGAGAGAGACGCCAGCCAGCAGAAGCUGCUCCAGCUUCAGGAAAAGUGUUCAGCCCUCCAGGCCCAAGUCACAUCCCUGAAGGAGCAAAAUGAACAGCACAUCAAGGACCUGGAGAAGAAUAAGUCUCAGACUUCUGGGGUUGAAGUUGCUGCCACCGACUCAUCAGAGAAGGUCAAGAAGAUCAUGAACCAGGUGUUCCACUCCUUGAGGGGAGAGUUUGAGCUGGAGGAGUCUUAUGAUGGCAGGACCAUUCUGGGGACCAUCAUGAAUACCAUCAAGAUGGUGACUCUUGAGCUGUUAAACCAACAUGAGCAAGAAAAGGGAGAGAGCAGCAGUGAAGAAGAGGAAGAAGAAGAGCGACCUCGGAGACCUUCCCAGGAGCAGUCAGUCUCAGGCAGUUCUGGGCUUCCUCACGUACCCCUGAGCACGGAGAGGCAGGAGUCUGCCAUAGUGCCAUCGGAGCAGGUAGUCAAGGAAGCUGAGCCACUGCCUCCUGGGGUCCCCCAGGAGGAUUCACAGACGAGGGAAGGAGAGGCGACAGAAGCAGAGGCACUCUCAGAGAUAAGAGAUGAUUCCCUCCCCACCGAACUAGCUUGCAAGCCCUCCCAGCGAGCUCUGGGGCCCCCAACUUCAAUACCCCCUCUGCCUCCGAGCCUUGUAAUUGUGGACUCUGAGUGUGAGGAGGCAUUUGCUGCCAGCCCAUUGGGAAGUGCCUGUGUUGAGGAGCAAGAAAGCGCCACAAGUCUGUCCCGGACUUCAGACCCUAAGAAGGGGGACCCACUUCCCUUGGAGCCUGAAAGUUCAGGAGGAGAGCCUCAGCCUCCAGAGAGCCAGAAAGAGGAAGGUGCUGCUGGUUCCGCUGGUCCCUCCAAGGAGCUGUUAAGCACAGAGGCAGAUUCUGCCACUGCAGGAGCAGUACUUGGACCCAACCACUCUUCUCAGUGUCCCAGUCUCUCUGGGGAUGAAGAGGAUGAACUGUUUAAAGGGGCAACUCUGAAAGUUCCCAAGUCCAAAGCACAGUCUGAGGAAGAGGAUGAAGACGAGGUGAGCAUGAAGGGACGCCCGCCCCCAACACCCCUUUUUGGAGAUGAUGAUGAUGACGAUGACAUUGACUGGCUGGGAUGAAGACCCAGGAAACAUGCAAAGGUUUCUCUACUGACCCUUUCCUAAGCAUGAUUUUGCACAGCAGCCCUGGGUCUAGGUGAGCCACAGGGUAGGUGAAGGUGAGCAUCCAAGGACAGUAGCUCAGAUACCUGAGUUAGCCAACCCCUGAGCCCCACGCCGGGCUGGGGAGAGAGGAAAGUGGGCCUGCCUCCAGAACACCGCAGCUGUCUACAGCCGACCCUGGCCUGCCUCGGAGUCCUGUUUGGAGGAAGGGCUGGUAGUCUCCCUCCGGUCAUCACCUACAAGAGUCCUGUCCUCUUCCAAGCUCUUUAGUCUCUUCACUAACUCUCAGACUGCUGUGGGGAGCCCUCCUCCGUCUGUCGGCAACACGACCUGUCACCUGGGGCGAGGCCUCCCUGGUAGAACCAAGGGUGGGUUACGCCAUCUAAACCCCAGUUAACAGCCUUGCCUGCAGUCCUGGCACAUUAUCUUUUCUCUGCCUUAAAUCUUUGAAAUUAACAAAACUAAAAUAAAUAUCUAUAAUG